AUGGUGGAAGAGAAUCCAAUGACGCCGCUCGACCCAAAGAGUCUGCUAGGUGGGGGAGGAGACAAAUCUCAACCAGGGACUCCGAGAAAGCCUGAGGGCGGACAUGGGAAAAAGGUGAUGAGCAAGGGCCAUCCCGUGACUGUCCAUGAUGACUCCAAGAAUAGGGAGGGCAGGACAGCCACAGAAUCCAUGAGAAGGAAUAUGCUUGAUAAAAAGAGACAGGAAAUCGAGGAAAACACUCGUUUGAUUAAGAAACGAGAGCAUGAGAUUCGAGAGUUAGAACUGAUCCAAGAAUAUCCAGAAGACUCUGGACUUUCACGAAGAAAUUCCAGGGGAGACAGGCUGGCUCUAGUAGUACACAAAAAGGCUCCAUCACAAAGAAGGAGGAGUAGGAGCAGGAGCAGGAGCCCCACCCUAAGGUAUGAGAGACCUGAUUCCGAUUGGAAAAAGAAUAGACCCAACAAGACAAAGGGACUAGAAGACGAGGCCAUGACUGCACGAGAAGCAGCACGAAAGGCACUUAGCAAUAUUGCAUCCUCCCCUUUUGCAAGAAAAUUGCAGGAGGCAAGAUUGCCGAGCAGGGUAAAGCACGGAACGUUUAUCCUUUACGAGACAAAUGCAGAUCCUGUGGCACACGUAUAG